AGCGAGGAGAGAGGGGCGUCACGAACUCACAGACCUCCGUUAGUACGAGGUUUUAAGGCGGCAGUAUCGGUGAGCACUGCAGCGAUUAACUUGGCAAAAGCAACGACUAUCAAAGAAGCUCUAGCCAGAUGGAUGAAGGCACAGAUGUGCUGUUUGGUGUACAUAUGCUUUCCUGCUAAUUCUGGACAGCUGCUAGAGCCAUGAUUUAUAAAUGUUUUGGCCUCUGGAAGAUCUGGAUGUGAUAGCAUGGGAAGAGAAAAGUGGCCAGAAGGCUUCAGAGGCAAAGGAAGUGAAACUGUAUGGGCAGAUUCCUCCUGUGGAAAAGAUGGAUGGCGCUCUCUCCGCUCUUGUUAACUGCGAGAAACUAUCACUGUCUACAAACUGCAUUGACAGAAUUGCCAACUUGAACAACCUAAAAAAUUUGAGGAUUCUGUCUUUGGGAAGAAAUAACAUAAAGAACUUGAAUGGAUUGGAGGCAGUUGCUGAAACUUUAGAGGAGCUGUGGAUCUCAUACAACUUAAUUGAGAAACUGAGGGGUAUCCGUGUAAUGAAGAAACUGAAGGUUCUUUAUAUGUCAAAUAAUUUGGUGAAAGACUGGGCAGAGUUUGUGAGGCUGGCAGAGCUGCCAGUGCUAGAGGAGCUGGUGUUUGUAGGCAAUCCACUACAAGAGAAAUUUGCUGCUGAUCAUAACAGUUGGAUUGAAGAAGCAACCAAACGGGUACCCAAGCUGAAAAAGCUGGAUGGUACCUUAGUUGUUAAAGGAGAAGAGGAAGAAGGAGCGGAAGGAGUAGAAGGAGUAGAAGGAGCAGAAGGAGCAGAAGGAGGAAACUGAUGACACUUUCUUAUUGGGUAUUAAAUUAUUAAAGUAACUCCAGAUAGCUUUGCACAUAAACUUUUAUAAAAGUAUUUGUUUUGAAGAAAAUCUUUGGGCAGUUUUUAAAAGACCAGCUUAUCUCCACAAUCUCUCACCCAAAGAGUUAGUUACCAAAAAUUGCUCACACUGGUUUUAUCAAGCUUAUGACACCUUCUGUAGAGACUAGUGGAGCUGAGUUUACCUGCUGCUUGACUAGCAAGAGAUCUGUAUUUAAAUUAAUACAUACCUAUUUUUAAUUCCUGAUUAGUGGUGCUUGUUGUUCACUCUUGGGUUAUAAAAGAACCAUUUUAGCUUAUUUGGUGCUGCUGGCCAACAUUGAAUUGGAAACUCUGAGGCCAGAAGAAUAAUGUUGUGGUUCAGAGACACCUGAGGAGCUUUAUUAUGCUUAAUUUUGUCAUGGGACUUUCUCAAUAUUUUUAAUAUGUGAGUUUGCCUUUUCAUUCCUUGAAGUGUUAUGCCAAACAGGCCCAGUAGUUGCAUACGCACAAAAAAAGGUAUUGGUCUGAUGAGCACUUGUUCCUGGCCUUAAGUCUUGAAAGGGGCUCAUUGGCACUCAACUGCAUUGCUUAGAAGGCCAUUUAUAACUUACAUAUUUAUUUAUUUUUAAGAGGCAAUGGGAAUUCAUUGCAUGGUUCCUGUAAGACUAAAAUACCUGCUAACUUUGGGUUUUGUCUCUUAUUAAGACAUUACUUUAGAUUGGAAUAUGUGGCCUAUUAGCCUACAGCUGGUUUCUAGCUUUGGAUUGGGUCACUGGUGGACAUAACCCUUCUCAGCUCUGGAAUCUUCCUGUAACUAAGGAGGCUGAUAGUAAGAGAGAAACUAACAGCACACUGAAGACUUGGGCUUGAGGACAGAAAAUUUUGAUUUUGGGGAUACUAAUUUUUUGUGAAAGCAUAGGUAUCAGCAGUGAGAGAAAGAAUAUGUAGUUAGUGGGGACGAUGAGAUGAGAUGAGAUGAGAUGAGAUGAGAUGAGAUGAGAUGAGAUGAUGAGAUGAUGAGAUGAUGAGAUGAGGGCAUUGAUAAAAAAGUAUUGAAGAGGUACUGAAUGUGCUAUAUUGCAGGGUAACCAGUUUUAGUAAAGCUCCCUUAUGUGGCUAUUUCUAGUGGAAAGCAUUAAACAAUGAUGAAGACAUACCUGAUUCCACUGUGGGAUGCCAACAGUGCAGUUUUUCUUCUCUUUGAAGAACAGAUGGAGUCACCUGAGUAGAUUUUUCUGCAGUUCCUUUUUGUUUGUUUAACAAGCUUUUCUUCUAAUUUGUGGUACCAUCUUUUUUUUUAAAUUGAAGUGACAAGUAUAUCUGCUGGUUCCAGCCCAGACAUAGAAGGGAUGGGCUCAGAAUGCCACUCUUAGUUAUUUUGUUUGUGAAGGUGUGGCAGGAGUUGAAAUCUUGGAAGCCAAGUUCAGAGAUGAAAUGGUAGAAUUGGCCCAGACAACAGUGGUACAGAUCUCAAGCUCCAGGUAUAAUUGUAGUAGGAGAUUCUCUAAUCAGUUUCUAAGUGAACACUGUGAAGUAAAUGAUUACAAGACAAUCACAGUUUAGUUUCAAUAUAUUGAUUAUUGGAGGAAUUCUAAAGUGUUCUGAUUUAAGCUGGCAUUUGCUGAAGAGGUUUGAGUUUGAUUUGGAUCCGUUACUAAAAAUAAGUCAAAAGCACAGUGACAAAAACUCUGGACAUUCUUCACCCACCAAAAACUACUUCCAGGCAGCUGUUCUCUUUAUCAGAAACUACUUUCUUAGUUAGCUAGUUCACUGAGUUUAGACAACUUCAUUUUU